CUGAGGGAGGUUAAAGGGUGAAUAAUGACGUGCUGGGGCUGGAGGUUGGCGUGAGGAGUGCGGCGAGAGGACGGAGGAUGGGAAAGCCCCUUGGAUGAAGAUUAUCCCUAUUUAUUGGGCAGCGUCGGAUCUUGUGCUGGGCGCUGGUGAUACAGGGCGAAGGGGACAAAGAGGGUCGCUGCCUUCCAGCUGCUGGUGCAGAAGGUGGAGGCAGACAGCGGGUGUCCUGGCAGUUGUUCCAGAGUGGUCAGGGGCGGCUGGGGGGAUUGUGCGUGUCGUGGUGGGGCACACCAGAGCAGACGAGCGUCCCUGGCUCCCUGAAGAAGGAGGGUCCAGCCUAAGCCCAGAGAGGCGAGGAGACUUUGGUGACACCCAGCUGUUGCAGGCAGAGAGGGCGGGAGCUGUGCUCCCUCAGCGGUGCUCCCUCAGCAUGGGGCUGGAGGCCCAGCGGCCGCCAGGGGCAGAGGAGGCCCCUGUGAGAGUGGCCCUGCGGGUGCGCCCGCUGCUGCCCAAGGAGCUGCUGCACGGGCAUCAGAGCUGCCUGCAGGUGGAGCCGGAGCAGGGCCGGGUCACCCUGGGCCGUGACCGCCACUUUGGCUUCCAUGUGGUGCUGGCCGAGAACACUGGGCAGGAAGCCGUGUACCAGGCCUGUGUGCAGCCCCUCCUCGAGGCUUUCUUUGAGGGCUUCAAUGCCACCGUCUUCGCCUACGGUCAGACGGGCUCCGGGAAGACGUACACCAUGGGGGAGGCCAGUGUGGCCUCCCUCCACGAGGAUGAGCAGGGCAUCAUCCCGAGAGCCAUGGCCGAGGCCUUCAAGCUCAUCGAUGAGAACGACCUGCUGGACUGUCUGGUGCACGUGUCCUACCUGGAAGUGUACAGGGAGGAGUUCCGGGACCUGCUUGAGGUGGGCACCGCCAGCCGCGACAUCCAGCUUCGGGAAGAUGAGCGUGGGAAUGUUGUGCUGUGUGGCGUGAAGGAGGUGGACGUGGAGGGCCUGGACGAGGUGCUGAGCGUCCUGGAGAUGGGCAACGCAGCGCGGCACACGGGGGGCACGCACCUCAACCGCCUGUCCAGCCGCUCGCACACGGUCUUCACCGUGACCCUGGAGCAGCGGGGGCGUGCCCCCAGCCGCCUGCCGCGCCCCGCUGCGGGCCAGCUGCUCGUCUCCAAGUUCCACUUCGUGGACCUGGCGGGCUCAGAGAGGGUGCUCAAGACGGGCAGCACGGGCGAGCGGCUCAAGGAGAGCAUCCAGAUCAACAGCAGCCUCCUGGCGCUGGGCAACGUCAUCAGCGCCCUGGGGGACCCCCAGCGCCGAGGCAGCCACAUACCCUACCGCGACUCCAAGAUCACCCGGAUCCUCAAGGACUCGCUGGGCGGGAACGCCAAGACGGUGAUGAUCGCCUGCGUCAGCCCCUCCUCCUCCGACUUCGACGAGACCCUCAACACGCUCAACUACGCCAGCCGCGCCCAGAACAUCCGCAACCGCGCCACGGUCAACUGGCGGCCCGAGGCCGAGCGGGCGCCCGACGAGGCUGCGGCCGGCACCCGGGGGCCCCCGCGCCACCGCUCCGAGACGCGCAUCAUCCACCGCGGCCGGCGCGCCCCGGGCCGUGCCGCCUGCGCCGCCGCGCGCCUGGGCGCCGAGUGCGCGCGCUACCGGGCCUGCACCGACGCCGCCUACAGCCUCCUGCGCGAGCUGCAGGCCGAGCCCGGGCUGCCCGGCGCCGCCGCCCGCAAGGUGCGCGACUGGCUGUGCGCCGUGGAGGGCGAGCGCAGCGCCCUGAGCUCCGCCUCCGGGCCCGACAGUGGCAUCGAGAGCGCCUCCGCCGAGGACCAGGCAGCGCAGGAGCCCGGCAGGAGAAAGGAAGAUGAGGGGGCGCAGCAGCUGCUGAGCCUGCAGAGCCAGGUGGCCCGGCUGGAGGAGGAGAACCGCGACUUCCUGGCUGCGCUGGAGGAUGCCAUGGAGCAGUACAAACUGCAGAGUGACCGGCUGCGGGAGCAGCAGGAGGAGAUGGUGGAGCUGCGGCUGCGGCUAGAGCUGGCGCGGCCUGGCUGGGGGGCCCCAGGGCUCCUGCAGGGCCUGUCCCCGGGGUCCUUUGUGCCUCGGCCUCACACAGCCCCCCUGGGGGGCGCCCACGCCCACGUCCUGGGCAUGGUGCCUCCUGCCUGCCUCCCUGGGGAUGAAGGUGGCCCUGAGCAGCGGGGAGAGCAGGUGACACAUGGCAGGGAGGCUGGAGCUGAAUUGCUGGCUGAGGUGGACAGGCUGGAAAGUGGCUCUUCAGCUGCGUCAGCAGAGGAGGACGAGGAGGAGGAGGAGCUGCCCAGGCAGACCUUGCCCCUGCGCAGAAAUGGAAUCGGCAACUGCAGCCAGAGGGUGGGGGCCCGCCCAGGGAGUCCGCCAGACAGGAAGGGCCCAGAGCUUCGCCUUGAAGAGCUGGAUGUGGCUAUCCUGGGGCCCAGAGUGGCUGGUGGGAGCAAGGCCCUGGUUCAGGCCCGACAGGCCCCCACUGCCACGGCCUCCGAGUGGCGGCUGGCCCAGGCCCAGCAGAAGAUCCGGGAGCUGGCCAUCAACAUCCGCAUGAAGGAGGAGCUCAUUGGCGAGCUGGUCCGCACAGGGAGGGCGGCGCAGGCCCUGAACCGCCAGCACAGCCAGCGCAUCCAGGAGCUGGAGCGGGAGGCGGAGCGGGUGCGGGCCGAGCUCAGCGAAGGCCAGAGGCAGCUGCGGGAGCUGGAGGGCAGGGAGCCCCAGGACGCCGGGGAGCGGUCCCGCCUCCAGGAGUUCCGCAAGAGGGUUGCUGCAGCCCAGAGCCAGGUGCAGGUGCUGAAGGAAAAGAAGCAGGCGACGGAGCGGCUGGUGUCGCUGUCGGCCCAGAGCGAGAAGCGGCUCCAGGAGCUGGAGAGGAACGUGCGGCUCAUGCGGCAGCAGCAGGGGCAGCUGCAGAGGCGGCUGCGGGAGGAAGCGGAGCAGAAGCGGCGCCUAGAGACGGAGAUGAACAAGCGGCAGCACCGCGUCAAGGAGCUGGAGCUGAAGCAUGAACAGCAGCAAAAGAUCCUGAAAAUCAAGACAGAAGAGAUCGCGGCAUUCCAGAGGAAGCGGCGCAGCGGCAGCAACGGCUCCGUGGUCAGCCUGGAGCAGCAGCAGAAGAUCGAGGAGCAGAAGAAGUGGCUGGACCAGGAGAUGGAGAAGGUGCUGCAGCAGCGGCGGGCGCUGGAGGAGCUGGGGGAGGAGCUGCACAAGCGGGAGGCCAUCCUGGCCAAGAAGGAGGCCCUGAUGCAGGAGAAGACGGGGCUGGAGAGCAAGCGCCUGCGGUCCAGCCAGGCCCUCAACGAGGACAUCGUGCGAGUGUCCAGCCGGCUGGAGCACCUGGAGAAGGAGCUCUCGGAGAAGAGCGGGCAGCUGCGGCAGGGCAGCGCCCAGAGCCAGCAGCAGAUCCGAGGGGAGAUCGACAGCCUGCGCCAGGAGAAGGACUCACUGCUAAAGCAGCGGCUGGAGAUCGACAGCAAGCUGAAGCAGGGCAGCCUGCUGUCGCCUGAGGAGGAGCGGACACUGUUCCAGUUGGAUGAGGCCAUCGAGGCCCUAGACGCUGCCAUCGAGUACAAGAACGAAGCCAUCACGUGCCGCCAGCGGGUGCUUCGAGCUUCAGCCUCAUUGCUGUCCCAGUGCGAGAUGAACCUCAUGGCCAAGCUCAGCUACCUCUCAUCCUCCGAGACCAGAGCCCUACUCUGCAAGUACUUCGACAAGGUGGUGACGCUCCGAGAGGAGCAGCACCAGCAGCAGAUCGCCUUCUCGGAGCUGGAGAUGCAACUGGAGGAGCAGCAGAGGCUGGUGUACUGGCUGGAGGUGGCUCUGGAGCGGCAGCGCCUGGAGAUGGACCGCCAGCUGACCCUGCAGCAGAAGGAGCACGAGCAGAACAUGCAGCUCCUGCUCCAGCAGAGCCGCGACCACCUCGGGGAGGGCUUGGCGGACAGCAAGAGACAAUACGACGCCCGGAUUCAAGCUCUGGAGAAGGAACUGGGCCGCCACAUGUGGAUAAACCAGGAACUAAAGCAGAAGCUCAGUGGUGUGACUGCUGCAGGCCAGAGCAGGGGUGGGGAGAAGAGGAGCCUGUGCCUGGAGAACAGACAAGCCCCUGGGGGUGAAGAGGAGUUGCACCCAGUGCCCGAGCUUCUCUGGCUGUCCCCCCUCGCUGAGGGCGUCCCCCGCACCCGGGAGGAGAUGCGGGACUUGGUCCACGCUCCACUACCAGUGACCUGGAAACGCACGAGCCUGAGCGGCGAAGAGCAGGGCUCCCCCGAGGAGCUGAGGCAGCGGGAGGCCGCUGAGCCCCUGCUGGGGCGGGUGCUGCCUGCGGGCGAGGUGGGCCUGCCCUGGAACUUCGGGCCUCUGCCCAAGUCCCGGCGGGAGCUACGAAGAACUAGCCCAGGGAUGAUUGACGUCCGGAGAAACCCCCUGUAGGCCGUUGGGGCAGACUCCUGCCUUGGAGGGAGACUCCGAUCCUGCUGAAAGGUGCAGUUGCUUGUUUUGCUUCUGUGAAGGACAGUCUUUACCUCGCACCCUAAAUGCGGGUCCUCAGCUUCAUGCUAAGUGGAGUCAACAAAUUUGGGCCACAGCCCAAUAGAACUGGACUUCUACCACUCACUUCCUUUAAGCUGCAGUACCUGAUUGACACCUUUGGUCUUGUGCAAGAGUUUCAGGACAAUUCUGGUCUCAGGCAUAAGUGUGUGCCCACAGUUCUGGGAUUCAGACAGGUCUUGUCCCAAAAUGGUCAGUGGCAAUAGGGUUGUGGUUUAAAUGGUCUUAUGUGUAAAGGAGGAACUGGGAAACUUAUUAGCACAUUUUAUAAUCUUAAUAAAACAUUUAAUAAUAAACAAUC